AUGCUGGAGUCCAGCCGAGCGGCAGGUCAGCCGAGUGCCACCAUCUGUGCAGGCGCAACCCUGGGGCAAUGGGCCAGGGCAGGCGCCCGCGGCCGCCAGAAAAGCCAGCACCGCGAACGUUACACCCUCACGCAUCUUAACCGAUACCAGAACAACACAUCAUCACACACAAACACUGAAUCCACGUUUAAGCACUUCAUUCAUCGCGAGACAACAAAACGCAGCCGUUAUCGACCGGGCGUCCGCUCUCUCUGA